UCUCUCGAUUUCCUUCUCUGAGAUUCUGCUCUUCCUCUCGAUUUCCGAUCCAAAAGAAAGAACCGGAAACACCCCCACAUUCUCCGAUAGUCUCGAGAGAGGCGAGCAAGAAAGAAAACCAUGGAAUCAAGAAAAUUGGCAGCUUUACUGUCUUGUCUCGUCUCCGAGAUCAUGCUGCUGCUCCUCCUCCUCUUCCCUUCUUCGAGCCCCCUCUCUCUGACUUCGAAUCCCAGUUCUUUCUCUCCCCACGGCUUCGACUCGUUCGCAAAUCUCUUCCCUUUGAUCGCCCAUUUCCUCUCUCACCACGAGAUCGCCGCCUCCUUGUCUCCGCGACCCGUUUCGAGGAAAAGGAAGAGGACCCGGUCUCCAGAGCCGGACUCUGGGCCCGCUUGUGAGGAUCAGACGGACGACUCCGACUCGGAGCUCGGAGGCCGACCCAGUGGCCGCCGCCGAGUCGGGCUCGGUCCGGCUCGGAGUCCCGAUUCGUUCGUGAGCUCUUUCAAGAUGACGUCUUCCACCUUCGAGUGGCUCGCGGGCCUGCUCGAGCCGUUGCUGGAUUGUCGCGACCCGGUUGGGUCGCCGCUGAACCUGUCGCCAGAGCUCCGCCUCGGGGUCGGGCUUUUCCGGCUGGCCACCGGCAGUGACCACUCUGACGUGGCUCGCCAGUUUGGAGUCUCUGAGUCGGCCUCUCGGUUUUGCACCAAGCAGUUGUGCCGAGUCCUGUGCACCAAUUUCCGGUUCUGGGCAGGUUUCCCGAGCCCGGGCGAGCUCGAAUUCGUGUCAAGGGGGUUCGAGUCGCUGACUGGGUUGCCGAAUUGCUGCGGUGUGAUUGAUUGUGCAAGAUUUGAGAUCCUCACCGAUUGCGGGCCUAAUGAUACUGUCGCGGCGCAAAUAGUCGUUGACUCCACCUCAAGAAUUCUGAGUGUCAUUGCAGGAUUUCGCGGUGAUAAGGCCCGGUCACGAGUUCUUUGGCUAUCGAGUUUGUUCAAAGACAUCGAGGAAGAUAGGUUACUGAAUUUGCCUCCUGUGGAUGUUAAGGGGGUCAAUGUGAACCCGUAUUUAAUUGGAGAUGUAGGGUACCCUCUGCUUCCUUGGUUGAUCGUGCCUUUUGCGAAUGCCACGACAGGAUCAUGUGAGGCUUGUUUCAAUGUAGCGCAUAGUUUGAUGCUUAUGCCUGCCCUUAAAACUAUCGCUAGUCUCAGGAAUUGGGGUGUUUUAAGCAGGCCGAUUAAAGAGGAUUCUAGGACCGCAGUUGCUUAUGUAGGCGCUUGUUCGAUUCUUCAUAACGCCCUGCUAAUGAGGGAGGACUAUUCGGCAUUGUGUACUGAGUUAGGAGAUACUUCAUUGCACGAUCAUCAGACACACCAUCUUGUGGAUGCUGGUUGGGAGGUAAGUUCUGGAAAAGGUCUGGUUCUGCGAGAUGCAUUGGCCGCACUAGCAAAGGAUUUCCACGACCAGAGCCAUUCAUUUAGUGGCCAGUUGUUCAGUGCAUUUGCAGCUUGACAGAGAGAUCUGAUUGCAGCUGAUUUAAUGGGGCGGGAAUCGUUUUGGGGUUGGUUUUUUUCCCCUGCAAUGCAGAGUUGCAGCUGGAACCAGUUCUAAAGUUGAUCAAUCUGAUGAUGGUCCAUCACAACAUGUCAUUCUGGUUACUAGAAGCACCAUGGAUAAGUCCAUCAGGAAAGAGCAAGUUGAUU